GGCUCAGGGGGACGCCGCGGACCGGCCCGGGAAGCCCUUCCCCCGCCUCCCACAGAGCCCAGUGGACCCCGGCCCGGUCCACGCUGGUUCCCCCCGCUUCGCCGCCUUUCUCCUCGAAAUUCCUUCCUAUUUUGUGGGGGGAGGGGCAUGCAGUAAGGACCCAGGACCUUGGCCCCUUGCGAUCCAGCGUGGACCUGUACGGACCUCUGCGAGAGCCCCAGACUCCCAAGGAUGCCCCCCACCCCGCCAUGGAGGCCCCAAAUUGGAGAAGGUCGUCCCUGCCCCCGCGGGUUGGGGAUGCAGGCCUUGACCAAAGGAGCGGAGGGUUUUAGCCUGUGGGAGGCUCAGAAAAGGGCCCAUUCCGCAUUCGGUGGAGAGGGGCUGCAGAUCCAUGGCCCCUGUCUGGCCAGGGCGCCACGGGUACCCCCACCUCAGGGUGCUCAGCUGGCCUCUGCAGAAUAAAGACCAUCCGCCAGCCUGCUGCAGAGGCAGCAUCGGGUGCUGGGGGAGGGGCUGGCACUGCCAGGCUGAGUGCAACCAGCCUCCCUCAGCCUAUCUGCCCACCUUGGUGGGGAGGGGUACCUAAUAGUCUGGAUGGGAGGGGAGGGGGCAACAGUGGGCCCAGCCCCCAUCAGGUCACCCCUACUGGGAGAAUUUGCCUCCUGACUUCCUGCUGUAAAAAUGUACUGGCUUCUGCAGGAGGUGAGUUGGGGGCCUGGGUGCCGCAGUGAUUGCAGGGUGCAGGGGGACUCCAUGGGGUGGAGGAGAGAGGUGGCAGGGUCUAAUGUGGCACCCACAGUGUUGUGGUGCAGCCUGGGGCGGAUGUGGGGGUGCUGCCGGGUAGGGAAGCAGUGAUCUGCUGUGCCCCCUGCCCCCGGGGGUCUGAGUGGAGGUCUGAGGGUCUGUGUGCACUCCCUACUGCCUCCCUCAGACCUUGCUCCAAGGGCAGCUCAGGGAAGGAGCGUAGCAUCCAAUGCCCCCGCCCUGCUCAGGGAAGACAGAUGUCCCAGGAAUUCACUCCUCAGAUGCUUAAUAAGCACCUGCCCAGUAGGGCAGAUCAUGUGACCAGGAGCUGGGAGUUCAUCCUGAAGUCUGACUGAAUGCCUCCCCCUGCAGUCAGCCAAGGGCUCCAGGAGAGUUGCUGGGCAGGUUCUAGUCCCCUGCUGCCCUCAGCCCUCCGGAAGGCUCCUGUGCCCCAGAGGCUGCCCCCCGGGAACAGUGGCUUCCAUGCAUGCAGAUGCAGAAAGAUGCUUGAAGUCAUCCUCUGCUCCAGAACCCGACCCAGCAUCCUCUCCUCUCCAGCUGAGGCUGACCUCGGGGCCCAGAUGUUUCACCUGGACAGAGGGCCCAAGGGGGCGCGGAAGCCAGAGGGUAUCCUGGCUGCAUCUCCGGAGGCUGCAGCUCAGAGGGAGAGGAGAGGAAGGAGCCAAACCCACAGCAAGAGGGACAUGGGUCAGAUUCCGACCACCAGGACUGCAUGGGCUGAGUCCACCAGGCAGUGACUGGUAGAUGUCCCGGGAUGGCCCAGGUCUGGCACCAUGCCCAGUCCCUCCGAACUCUAGGCCACAUCCCUGGCCUGCAGAGCAGCCCCUGUUCACUUCGGGGCUCACCCCCUCCCCACUGCCCACUGCCCCACCAUGGCCGGGGACCGGCUCCCUCGGAAGGUGAUGGAUGCCAGGAAGCUGGCCAGCCUGCUGCGGGGUGGACCUGGGGGACCGCUGGUCAUCGACAGCCGCUCUUUCGUGGAGUACAGCAGUGGGCACGUGCUCAGCUCCGUCAACAUCUGCUGCUCCAAGCUGGUGAAGCGGCGGCUGCAGCAGGGCAAGGUGACCAUCGCCGAGCUCAUCCAGCCAGCCGUGCGCGGCCAGGUGGAGGCCACAGAGCCGCAGGACGUGGUGGUCUAUGACCAGAGCACACGGGACGCCAGCGUGCUGGCUGCGGACAGCUUCCUCUCCAUCCUGCUCAGCAAGCUGGACGGCUGCUUCGACAGCGUGGCCAUCCUCACGGGGGGCUUUGCCACCUUCUCCUCCUGCUUCCCUGGCCUCUGUGAGGGUAAGCCUGCUGCCCUGCUGCCCAUGAGCCUCUCCCAGCCCUGCCUGCCUGUGCCCAGUGUGGGCCUGACCCGCAUCCUGCCUCACCUCUACCUGGGCUCUCAGAAAGAUGUCCUGAACAAGGACCUGAUGACCCAGAACGGAAUAAGCUAUGUCCUCAACGCCAGCAACUCUUGCCCCAAGCCGGACUUCAUCUGUGAGAGCCGCUUCAUGCGCAUUCCCAUCAACGACAACUACUGCGAGAAGCUGCUGCCCUGGCUGGACAAGUCCAUCGAGUUCAUCGAUAAAGCUAAGCUGUCCAGCUGCCAAGUCAUCGUCCACUGUCUGGCUGGCAUCUCCCGCUCGGCCACCAUCGCCAUCGCUUACAUCAUGAAGACCAUGGGCAUGUCCUCCGAUGACGCCUACAGGUUCGUGAAGGACCGGCGCCCAUCCAUUUCGCCCAACUUCAACUUCCUGGGCCAGCUGCUGGAGUAUGAGCGCAGCCUGAAGCUGCUGGCUGCCCUGCAGGGUGACGGGGCGCCCCACCCGGGGACGCCCGAGCCCCUCCCGGGCCCUGCCGCCCCACUGCCGCCGCCGCCACCACCUACCUCAGAGAGCGCUGCCACCGGGAGCGCGGCGGCCAGUGCAGCCAGGGAGGGCUUCAAGCGCCGAAGCUGCCAGAUGGAGUUCGAGGAGGGCAUGGUGGAGGGGCGCGCGCGCGGCGAGGAGCUGGCUGCCCUGGGAAAGCAGGCCAGCUUCUCGGGCAGCGUGGAGGUCAUCGAGGUAUCCUGA